AUGGACGUCUCCCAGGUAUUGGACGCGUACAAGGAGCAAAACUCCACCAACGUGCUUGCGCGCACAAACCCCGUGGCGACCGACCCCGCCCUCCUCGCCGCCUUCGACUUUACCCCCGUCGACCCCGCCGCCUACACCGACCUCGAACCCCACCUCCUCGAGCUCACCCUCACCUCCACCCAAUCCCUCAUCUCCUCCCUCUUCACCCUCCCCACCCACCCCUCCGCCCUCGGCGCCAUCACCAAAUUCCCCUUGCCGACGACGCUGCUCCCGAGGGAGAAGCCGUUGCCCAAGCCCAAGCCGGAGACCAAGUGGGAGAGGUUUGCGAAGGCGAAGGGGAUUAGUCAUAAGAAUAGGGAGAAGGAGGUGUUUGAUGAGGAGAGGCAGGAGUGGGUUUCGAGGUGGGGGAGGAAUGGGAAGAAUAGGGAGAAGGAGGAGCAGUGGUUGCAUGAGGUCAAGGCUGGUGCCGAUGCGGACCAAGAUCCCGCAAAGACUGCGCGAGCCGAGCGCAAAGCCCGAGUCAACAAGAACCUCAAACAACAACAAGCCAACAUUGCGGCCGCCGCCAAGAAAUCCGCUCCCGUCGUCAACCUCUCUGCCCCCACCCCGGGCACCGACGCCAACUCUGCGCCCCUCAGCCAAGCUCAAAAGAAGUCUGCUCGAGAAGUGCGCAAGAGCGAGCUCAACCGUUCGAUGCUUAUUAGCAAGACUUCCACGGCGUCGAUGGGCAAGUUUGAUGAGAAGAUUGAGGGGGAGCCGAAAGCGAGGGGGAUGAAGAGAAAGUUUGAGCCGACGGUGGGGAAGAGCUUUGAGGGGGAGAAGAGCUCGGCGAUGGAUGUGUUGAAGAGGGUUGAGAGGGGGGAGGGGAAGAAGGCUAGAAAGGGUGGCGAGGGGGUCGAAGGUGGGUUGAAUGCGAGAAAGGCGUUGAGGUUUAGUGGAGAGGGAGGCAAGAUGAAGCCCAAGACCACUGGCAAGAAGGGCAAGAGAAAGUAG